AUGACUCGGCUUCUCAACGGCAUCACCGCCUUUCUCAUCGACCUGAGCGGCACCUUGCACAUCGGCGACACGCCAACGCGAGACGCAGUGCGGUCACUUGAGCGACUGCAAGCGACGGGCAAACCCUUGCGCUUUCUGUCCAACAGCAGCAAGGAAUCCCAACGGUCACUCGCCGAACGGCUGCGGCGGAUGGGCUUCGAUAUCGAUGGCGCAGAUAUCUUCACUUCGCUCUCUGCUGCCCGUCAAUACGUCAACAGCAAAGGCCACAAGCCAAUGCUCUUGCUCAGCGACUCCGCUAAAGAGGAUUUUCGACAUCUUGUGCCUGCGUCCGAGUCAGAGUGCGAUGCUGUCCUUCUCGGUCUGGCGCCGUCGGAGCUUCACUACUCGCGACUCGAUGAUGCCUAUAGGCUCUUGAGCCGGAAGGGAACAACGCUUAUCGCCACCCAUCGGGCAAUGUUCUAUGCUGCUGCAGAUGGCCUGUCCUUGGGACCAGGCGGGUUUAUCUCAAUGCUCGAAGAAGCGGCUGGCAUCGAAGCUCACGUUCUGGGCAAACCCAGCAAGUCCUUCUUUGAGCUGUGCCUGCUUUCCCUGCCCGACAGCGCGCGAAAAGGCGUGGCGAUGAUUGGCGAUGACUGCAAGGCCGAUUUUGGUCAAGGUUGCGACGAGCUCGGCAUGCGCAAGUUCAUGCUACGUACUGGAAAGUACAAAGCCGGCGAUGAAACCAAGGUAGAAGGCAGAUCCCCAGAGAGGAUAGACGACGAUUUUGCAGCACUCGUAGACGCCUUAUUGCGGUAG